GCAACGCGCGUCUCAAACCCCUUGCGCUGGGAUCCUGCGCGCCCGCUCGCCCAGGCUCCGCCUACCCUGCCCCAGGCCCCACCUCCCGGGGACGCCAGCAGCGGCCUCGAGCUCCGCCCACUCCGCCACGCGAACCCGUGUUGCGCGUAUUGCGCCGACGCCUUCGGCGAAGCCCGCCCGCGGGGCUCGUCCAGUCGGUUCGCCUCAGGCCUGUGCCGAGGCCCGCCAUGGAAGGGGACGUCUCCGCCGCCGCAGCCGCCCACUACCAGCCGGCCAGCCCCCCGCGGGACGCCUGUGUCUACAACAGCUGCUACUGUGAAGAAAAUAUUUGGAAGCUCUGUGAAUACAUCAAAAACCACGACCAGUAUCCUUUAGAAGAGUGUUAUGCUGUCUUCAUAUCUAAUGAGAGGAAGAUGAUACCUAUCUGGAAACAACAGGCAAGACCUGGAGAUGGACCUGUGAUCUGGGAUUACCAUGUUGUCUUGCUUCAUGUUUCAAGUGGAGGACAGAGCUUCAUUUAUGAUCUUGACACUGUCCUGCCAUUUCCCUGCCCCUUUGAUACUUAUGUGGAAGAUGCCUUUAAGUCUGAUGAGGACAUCCAUCCACAGUUCAGAAGGAAAUUUAGAGUGAUCCGCGCAGAUUCAUAUUUGAAGAACUUUGCUUCUGACCGAUCUCACAUGAAAGACUCCAGUGGGAACUGGAGAGAACCUCCUCCAUCAUAUCCCUGCAUUGAGACUGGAGGUGAGCCAAGGAUGCUCUCUCAGAGGGGUUUUCCAUCACUGUGCAGAUGAGCGUGUUCCCUUAACCAAGGACAAGAAGUGCAUUGUUCUUUGGGUAAGACUCCCUGAGUCGUAAGAGGUAAGAGGGAGUAUAGUUCUUAUAUUUAUCAGAUUCAGAAAUUAAGGCACAGAGAGCAGGACCGGAAGGCACCGGAACUCAUGGGAGAGGAAAGGCAUGAGGGAGAUGGACCGCGACCCCGUUGCUGGAAUGUUGGGUGUACCUGCUGCUCGCGCCCUGGACUUGGGGGGAUCUGCGUGUUUGUGCCGCUUGACAGUGGGACUAGUAGCGCCUU